AUGUCGCUACGCAAGGUGAGCAGCUAUGAGGUGAAGGACUACGGCACGCCGGUGCACUCGUCCAUCCUGCAGCCGGCCUUUGUUGAGAUCUCGCGAAAGGCCAACAUCGUCAAUCAGUUCCUCACCAUUGAUGCAGAUGAGAUCGACGACGAACUGAUGGCGGCACUCCACAUCUCGUCCUUCCCUGCAUUCGUCGUGCACAAGGGUCCAUCCGUCGAACCCACCUCCUUCUCUGUGCAGACCAAGGAGCGCUUGAUCACCAACAUGGCCAAGGCAGGCGUCAUCGAUGACAAAUAA